GUGGCCAAGUCCACCUUGUCUCACUCAGAUCCACAGUGAUACAAAUAUUCGACGUAAUCGACAGUCCAAUACAUUGCAAAGUCGUUCCUACGACAAAUGCUCCAUACGAGCUAUCAGCAUCGUUAAUGUGGUAUUUUUGCCUUUUGACGCACUGGCUGAUAUAUCUUGGGUUAGCCUAUCUUGAGCUUCGUGCCUCGGCCACAUCAUGGGAUCAGCGGUUAGGAUAGCAAAUGCAUCCUUCGUUCCAGUUGCCUUACAGAGAACCCUGUCAUCUGAAGGUCCCGACCCGAGAUGCCCCCAUUUUGUCCUCGAUGAGCAAAACGAAGAGCUCAUGCUGCUCAAACGCGCACGUUCAAAGACUUGCAAUAUCAAUUCAUCGUAAGCGCCCAUCAACGAAGGUGUAAAGUGAGGUUGCCAUUUCUGGGAUAGGCGCUCCCUAUGUUGCGGUAUGGCACUCAAGUCCUGGUCGUCUUCGUGUCAAUCAAACGGGGAACGAAAUGAAGAAGGAAAAAAAAAAAAAAAAGCCACAAGCAUACCCAAUCCAAUGAAAUGUCUCUUGUUAAGACUGGAGGAAGUCAUCUCGUUGUGGCUGGCGUUAAGAGCCUCGAGCAGAAUUCUUUCAAUCCAGCGCUAGAUCAUUCCUUCGAUUCGGACAUGUUCUCCAGGGAGGUAAUGUGACUCAGGACCUUGUGCUUCAGGGGUUGAUAGCGUAUCUCCAUGAUCAUCGUGGUAGCCAUUUUGAUAGUUACUCGCAAACCUUACUGAAUGCAAAGAUGGAUGUUGUUUUGACA